AUGAAGUGCUUCAUGAAAGGUAACUGUAGUGAGAAUAAGUUCACCUGCAGCAACGGAGCGUGUCUAUCGGCUGUAUGGCAAUGCGACGGCUUGGAGGAUUGUCCAGAUGGAGGUGAUGAAAUCGGGUGUAAUUACGUCUGUGAUGACGAUGAGUUUAAAUGCAACUCUGGGUAUUGUAUCCCGUCUGUCUUCAAAUGUGACGGCGUUUCCAGUUGUCCAGAUGGUGAUGAUGAACUCAACUGUUCCGAUGCGGGACUCGAUAAGAAGAGAAGUGCCAGGAAUCUUCCCCGUCCGCCCAGCAAGAUGGCCAAGAAACACAUGAAGACAGAAAGACAGAAAUACAUCCCUGGCCCUGACAUCAUCAACGAGGGACAAUAAUGCGAUAAAUAUGAGCAGACUGGGUGCCAAGAAGGCACUGGUGAUGCGGCCUGAUCUUGCGGCCUGAUCUUGCUGACAUCAUUAGCUUCUCACCACGUUUCAGCUCCUCUUCAGAAUAGAAAUGACCGGAACAAAAUAGACUGACAUAUCGGUAAACUUUGGAGUUUAUCAAUUAUGUUAAAUAGCGUAGUUUCAAGUCAAAAUCGUGGUUGCGAUUCUACAUGUUGUUAGACAUUAUUUUUUUACUGUCUACUAUUUUAAAACGAUCAUUCGUCGUCAGUUU